GCCCGGCACGUGUGGCGUGUUGUGGCUGUCACCGCCAUGGCGGUGCCGGAGGUGCUGCGGCAGCUGAGCCGCCGAGCCUGGGAGCCCGCGCUGGCCCGGGCGCACCGCGCCGCCGUCCUCAUGGACGCGCCCUCCGCCGAGGCGCUGCACUGGGCCGGCGGGGCGGGCGAGCUGCUGGCGGCCGGGGCGCUGGCUGUCAGCGCGCUGUCCGCCCAGGCGGCGGUGCCGGCGGGGGCGGCCUGCGUCGUGUUCGUGCUGAGCGGGCCGCUGCGGGGCGGCGCGGCGGGCGCGGUGCGCGGCGUGCUGGAGCAGGGCUCCGUGCGGCACUGCGUGCUGGUGUGCGGCGACGAGGCGGACGGCGGCGGGGCGGCAGAGCUGGAGGAGACCUUGCGGCGGUGGAUGGGCGAGGGCGGUAACGCCGAGGUGGUGCUGCGGGGCCCGCCGCUCCUGGCACCCGUCUCGGCGGAGCUCUGCCUGCUGCCCGCCCUGGCACCGCUCCUCCCGCCGCUGCCCGGCCCCGGCGGCCCCGGCCCCGCAGAGGUCGGCCUGGGUGCGCUGCCUGCUGAGCUGCGGGCGGCGGUGCGGGCCCUGGUGGGUGAGCUCGACUCUCUCUUCACCGCCCUGGGCCUGCGGGAGGAGAGCUUCGCUGUGGGGGCCCUUAGCAGGGUCGUCGCCGCUGAGCUGGCAAGCUACGCUUCCACCAGAAACAGGAGGAGGACAGCCACCAACAAGGCCUCUGUCAUCUUCGUGGACAGGACGUUGGACCUCGCUGGAGCAGUUGGUCAUCAUGGUGACAAUCUUGCAGAGAAGAUUCUUUCUGUGCUUCCUAAACUUCCUGGCCACAAGACCGAUGUAAUGAUUAACAUGGUGGAACUUACAGCACUGCAGACUACAGAUGAAACUUGCAGUAUUAUAGCACCUGGCUGCUUAGCACAACCAAAUGAUCCAGCUGCCAAAGCUCUCUGGGAGUCCUUCAUGAACCUCAAACAAAAGGAAGCUGUGAUGGAGGCCAGGAGACACCUUGUGGAGGCUGCAAGCAGAGAAAAUUUACCUAUUAAGAUGGGCAUGGGCAGAGUCACCCCUGAACAGCUCAGCUCAUACAUUCAGCUUUUCCGAAACAAUCUCAAAGCUUUGGAGAACCACUGUGGUCUUCUACAGCUUGUGCUGGCCACAGUCCAGACUUUGAAACACCCCCAGACUUCCAGAUGGGACAAUUUCCUCGCCUUUGAGCGAUUACUCCUGCAGACUAUUGGCGAGUCAGAAAUGCCCAGUGUUUUGAACCAAUUAUUGCCAAUGAUCAAGUCUUACAACGAAAGGACAAAAGAUGAUUAUGCCUGUGAGGACUUCCUUGUUUUGCUGAUAUACAUAUAUUCUGUGGUUGGAGAAAUCAAAUGUGGAAAAGAGCUUGACACAGCUGAAGAAAAGGUGAAAAAGGCCCUUGUCAAAGCAAUUUGUGAUGAGCCAGAGCCAUCUCCUUUGUUGCAGAAAAUUACAGGCUGUGACUCGUCACUGAACCUGACAUCUCAGAAAGCCUCAGAUGCAGUGGACGGUAUCUUCCGGUCCCUCAGGGAUAUUGCCAGAGUCCGAACCCACAUGAAACAGUUCCAUUCCAUACAUAAUCCAGGCAGCAACACCCACCAGGCUUCUUACAAACCUCUGCUGAAACAGAUAGUGGAAGAGGUCUGUAAUCCCGAUCGGCCCGAUCCUGUUGAUAUUGAGCAUAUUUCAUCAGGCCUCACUGAUCUCCUUAAAACUGGAUUCAGCAUGUUCAUGAAGGUGAAUCGCCCUCACCCUGGUGAUCAUCCUCUUCUGAUCAUCUUUAUGGUUGGAGGAGUGUCAGUGUCCGAGGUCAAAAUGGUGAAGGAUUUGGUAGCAACACGCAAACCUGGUACCCAGGUGAUUGUGCUCUCCUCUGUACUCCUGACACCACACAGUGCUGUUGAGUUGUUGUUUGCCUCAGACCAUCUCCAGUCUGGUGCUCGUAUCUGACAGGAGAGGCUGUGGAGAAGAUGAGUGCCUUGCCUGGAAACAUCAAAUCCCUGCUCUGUCACUCUUGUCAAUAGCCCUCCAAAAACUGACGUGUCAACUGCUGCAAUUACAGCUCCAGGUGAACCAGCUGGGUAUCUGGCUGCCAGGGAACACCUGCAGCUCAUGGGCAGCUCUUCAAAAUGGUCCAGUUGUCCAACAACAAACCUCCCCUCCUUGACGAUAGCACUGUGCAGUGCUGAAUCACUCCCAGCCUCACUCAGCAUGGUGAGAGUGAUUGUUUGUAAUAAUUCCCAAGCAAAGGAGCAGCUGAGAACCAGGUGAUGCAAAAUUUGCGCUCCCCAAGCAGUAUCAUUUUUCCUGAUGGUUUUGCUGGGCUUGCUGGUGGGAAAUGCUGCUGAGGGGAGUGAGAGGCCAGCAAAUUCCACCUUCUGUCAUGCUACCUUGCAAAAUGUGUGCCUUAUACAAUGUUAACAGUGUCUACUCCUACUUUGUCCCUCACUCCAGAGAGAUCAUGGAAGACAGCCCUGAUUUAGCUGGCACAGCAGCUCCAGCCUGGCCAUGCUCUUUCAGCAGGACUGUUAGAGGCAGGGAAGCAGAGCCAGACUCAAGGGCUGGGUUACAUGGCUGCUUCUCUCUCAGCUUUCUGUUUCCUGCUCUACUUUCUCCACCCACAGUCCCAGAAGAAAAGACAGUUUCUGAUGGCACACAUCUCUGUAGAUUUACGCAGCAGUCCAUAUGGGCUGUGAUGGUUUGAUGAUAACCCCGAAAGAAUCCUCCCCUCACAUGCAUUUAAAAAAGAAAGGAAAGGAAAAAAAAAGGGCAUGAUCCCAUUUUCAAGAGGCCACAGCACAGAUUCUUUCUUGAGCUAGAUUUCUGAACAGCACGAUUAGAAAACAGCUCUUAUUUUUAAUUUAUGAUCAUGAAAUAGCGGCAAGCAAAUUCAGUUAUGUAAUUUUUCUUUAUAAAACUUUGCUACAAUCUGUAAUGAAAGAGCAGCAGCCAAUAGAGAUUUUUGCAUAUAGCACCAAGAUUUCUGAAUUGCAACAUAAAAUGGUGGAGCUCUAAUGCUGCAUCCUCGUUUCAUCCAAGUAAUGCUACAACUACAGCUUACACUGAGAUGAGAAUGUGAAAUUAAGUGACAUUCUCUCUAUCAUAGCAUUCUUUUUUAUGCCAAAGGAGUAGAUUAAAUGGGAAGUUAUUUCUUAAAUUUUAUUCACUAGCUAGCAUUAGUUCUCGUAAAUGUUUAUGAUGGUCUUCAGAAAAGGGUGUAUUUUGUUUUAAGUUCAAUUUUGAGUGGCUGGAAGGAAACAAUGGACUGAUUAUAAAGCAUGGACAAUGUCGCCUCUAUGGAAGAGAAAUUUAUAAGAAUGACUAUAUAAUGAAACUUUGUGCUAUAAAAAAUGAGAAAUGCUAUGGGAUUGCAAUAUUAAAAGCUCAAGGAAUAGUUUGAAUAGAGCAACUGGAAAGCAAGUAGCUGGUCUCUUGGUUUUUCUGUUAUUUUGUACUGUUCAAUCUUUCUUAGAAUAUGGUUGUUUCAUAAAUUCUGUAAUCAAUAAAGCAAUACUCUCACAAUGCCAAA